AUGACUGUUUUGGGAUUUUUCGGAGCUUAUAUUGCAAUAAAACUUUGGGAAAGCUUCAUUUAUUCGCCAAUUCUUGUCACGAAUGAAGAUGUUCAAGUGCGAGAAGUGCCAUUUCCUGCCGUUACAAUUUGUCACCCACAAAGCGUCAUUGACUACAAAGUGGAAGGAUUUUUAAAGGACUUAUCACUUCCACCGAACAUCUCAAGAGAACAAGUAGCGGAAAAAUUAGUCGUCUUAAGCAUGUUCACGGAAUUUCAAUGGGAACCUCCAGAUUACGCCGCCUUAGCAUUGAUCGAUGAGGUCUUGUUACUCAAUAAUAUUUCCGUAUCGACCGCAAUUGAGCGUCUAGGCUCAACUUGCGAGGAUUUUCUGCGUCGUUGUGUCUGGAAUGGCAAAGAAUUCCCGUGUUAUGGCGAUAAUGCAACGAGCAGCUCCUUAAAAUGGCACAAUUCUCAUUCAUUUGUUGGAUCCUGCUGUUCCUUCAAUUACUAUCCAAGUGGCGGAACAUCACUUCAAACGGAUUUCAUGGGCGACGAAGGCGGAUUAAAAGUGGUUCUGACUGGCGGACCACAAAUUAGUGACGGAAAAUCCGGAGUUAUGUAUUCCGAUGGAUUUUUACUCGUAAUUCACCAUCCAAACGAUUUUCCGGUUGAAUCAAACUACGUGACGCUCAUCGAGGAACGUCACGAAUCCUUUAUUCAGGUUUAUGGAACACUUUUUGACUCCACGAGUGAAGUUCUUGGACUGCCAUUCGAUCAACGGAACUGCAUUUUGCCGCAAGACAUCGGAAGACCGUUUUACAGACAACCGGCUUGUGUGCUGGCAUGCGUUCGAGCGAAAGCGUAUGAAAUGUGUGGAUGUCAUCCGUACCAUUAUCCGUCGCCAAAGUUCAAUCCGAGCAUUAAACGGAUCAGAGAUUGUACUGUAAAAGAUGCCGCUUGCUUUGUGGAGAAUAUGAAGACUAUCAUGGAGCUGCAAUGUGUGGAAUGCUUGCCGUCUUGUAACGAUAUUUCCUAUUCCGUUCGGUCCUUUAAAAUUGAGUUGAUGUCUCAUAAUGCGUCGUUUGCACCAAAAUAUAAGCUAAUAUCGGAUCCCGAACACGAAAUUUUGGUGAACGUUUAUUGGGCCAAACAGAACGUAAAUGUCAAUCGACGCAUAAUUGUCGUUAAUUGGGUUCAAAUGUUAGCUAACUUGGGUGGAUGCUUCAACUUGGUCUUCGGAAUCAGUGCAAUUUCUCUAAUCGAGAUCAUCUACGUGUUGACCGUUCGCUUCCAAUAUCGAAUAAAAAAUCAGUUCCAAAGAAGAUUUUGGAAAAGCGAGAGAAUAAAAUUUCUGUUAAACAUCCAAAAUGUCCCCCAAAAGUCAAACAAAUGCUCGAAAAAGUUAAACAACGAAAAUGUAACAAGAAACGUGAAGUGCUGCCAAUUUCUAUAUUGA